CCGGCUAGUUUUGGUAAAAUCUUUCAGUGUAAAAAGUUUUGUAUGGUGCGUUUGCAAAAGACUUCGGCGUCGCAAUUUUUCUCAUUUUUCACCAGAAAUAUGUGAUAAACAAUGGCCUCAUCGUCUAAUGGAAACGGUAAUCUGCUCGAUGAGUUCGAGGAGUCAUUCCAGGCGUGCCUUCACGCUCUGGCCAAGGAGGAACCAUCGACGGAAAUUGACAAGGAAGCUCUGAAAUUGGAAGUGGACCAAACAACAAUGAAAUUCAUCCAUCUGGCUAGACAGAUGGAAGCGUUUUUUCUCCAGAAACGCUUCCUCCUGUCAGCCCUGAAGCCGGAAUUGGUGCUCAAGGAGGAGAAUCUGGACUUGCGAUAUGAAAUUCAGCGCAAAGAUGAGUUGAUCCGGAAGCACUAUGAGAAGAUUGAUCAGUGGAAAUCACUGCUAAUGGAUCAGCAGCCAAUAACGCAACAGGGAAGUGCCGGGAUGCAGGGGAGCAAUGACAUGAGGGGAUUGCAGGGAACAGGGACAGCCGGGCCGAUGAUGGGCGGCGGAACGGCUGGGGGCGUCACCGGAGGUCCAGGAGGUGCUGGAGUUAUGUCUCAAGGACCUCCCGGUGCUAUGGGACUACCAGGAAUGUCUGGACCAAUGCAGGCAUCACUUCAGGCGCAGCAGUAUAUGCAACAGCAGCAGAUGCAGCAAAUGCAAAUGCAGGUUGGUGGUCCUCAAAUGUACAUGCAACAAGGUGGACCGGUGCCGUCCCGAGGUGGCUUCAACCAAGCCUCAAAUAUGCUCCAUGGUCCACUGGCGUAUUUGGAGAAAACCACCAGCAACAUAGACAUGGUGGGAAUGGGGGAUGCACGGAGGUGACGGGGGCGGGGGAGGGGGCGCGGAAGAGGCAGAGGAAGAGGGAGAGGCAGAGGGAGAGGCGCCCCCGAGUUUCACGGCAGUCCAUUGUCCUAGGAGAGAGCAAAAACCUCCUUCUUUUCCCACCUUAAGUUCUUUUCUCAUUCACUCCCCAAAAACAAUUUCUCUCUUUGCUAUCGCUCCCAUCACUUCAAAAGAAUGAUCUCAAAACUAUUUACUCAUUCAACAACAACAAAGAAAAUACUCCAAAAUUUAAUUUUGAGUUUAGUGUUACGAUUUUUUUUUUAAAUUAGAAUAUGCAACAAUUAUGAACAUUUUUGGAUUUGAUGUCUCACGAUGGUAUUUUUCUGUUGGAUUAGUCCAAUAAAAAUAUUUAUGAAUUUUGAUUUCUAAAUACCUUUCGCCCGUAAUUAGGCAAAAUCGUAUUUUCGGUCUUUUUGUUAGUUAAGUGAUAAUAAUUCCGGUUUUAGAGAAAUAAUUUAAUUCUUCAUAAUUGAAUGUAAAAGGUCUUUAACAGGAAGGGAAUUCAGCAAAACUUUUGAAGUUGAGAAAACCAAAAGAAGCCUUAGAUCAUAAGUUUUUUUAGAAGCAAAAAGUAAGACAAAAAAAAUCACAUUUGUUUUUGGAAAUAUAUUUGCCUAAACUUGAUUAAAAAAUCAUUUGGUAUUAAAAUUUUACAAACUUCACUAUUCCCUAUUGAGAGAACCUAAAUGUUUCUUUACAGAGAAUUAAAUCGGUUCAAUCGUAUCAGAUCUAUAUUGAACUAAUUACCAAAGAACGGUUAAAUCCGUUUUGCAUAAAUUACAGGCGCAAAGGGCAAUAGAAAUCAAAAUUAUAAACAAUUUUAGUAAUGACUGGACCCAAUUAAAAGAAAAAUGUCAUAAGAUCUCAGACUCAAAAUCAUUGUUGCAUAUUUAUUAUUUAUUCAAAAGAGAAAAAAAAAAGAAUCUCUACCUUUGGCAAAUUGGACCGAAAUUAAGUAUAUAUACAGAUUAACUUAAAUGUUGCAUUUGUGUAAGAAAAAGGACAACUAAAAUAUCCUGAAAUUCAAAAAAAAAAAAGAUACGAAAGGAUUCAAUGAUAAUCCGCUGUGAAGCGACCAACCCCGCUCAUUUUUGACAUCACCAUCAUCUGUGACUGACAUCCACAUAUGAAGAGCCACUAAAUUAGCAGAGAAAAUCUCCGACAUCCUUCGAAAGAAUCCUCUCAUUCGUUGUUUCUCUGAGCCUCAAAAAAUAAGGACUUCAAAGGAGAUUGUUGAAAGUUUCUCAAAAAAAAAUCUUUAAAACCCCUUUUAAUCCUACACUGAGAGAAAUCCGAAAAAGUUAAAAUAACAUUCCGGAAAUGUUAAUUUUACCCUGCAGUAUUGAUCCGAAAUCGGUGUAAAUAUUACCCUUUUUAGGUGUAUUGGGGGUUAAAGUUAACCUUUUUUAUAUUAAUUUUACCCUUAAAAAGGUGUAAAAUUAACAUUAAAAAAUGUUGAUAUAUUUUUACAUCUAAAAAGUGUUAAAGUUAUUAGGAAAAAAGUUAAUCGUACCCUCUUUUUUCUCAGUGUAAUCAUUUAAAAGAAUACAAAAAAGACAAAACUUUAAAAGAAACAAAACUUACAUUGAAGCUUUACUGAAACUUUUGGAAUCCAAUUCUAUUUCUUUGCGCUUUGAGAAAUUAAAUACAGCGAUCUCUUUUGGGUGUUCAAAGAGGCAUUUCAAGAAAAAAAAACUUUUAUUUUCAUCUCAAAAAAAAAUCAAACAAAUAAACCAUUUUCCACUGUA